CUGCGUCGCAGCGUGUAUAAUCAUCAUUUAAAGACUUGGGAUCUCGCAAUUAAGACAGAUGAUGCUCAGUAACCAAGCCAGACGCCAAUGAAAGAUAACCGUCUGCUGCCAUGACGACCAGUCGCUGCACUCUGUUACCGGAGGUGCUGCCAGAGCGUUCUGACUCUGCCCACACAGGGAGCUGCUUGAGCGACAGGGACUUUGAUCCAAUGGGUAGCUUGGACUACCCGACAGAGCCUGACCUCCCAGGAAAAGCAAUGGAAGAGCAGAGUAGUCUGGCCAAUGGAGAGCCGCAGUACUACAUGCAAGUGUCUGCCAAGGAUGGGCAGCUGCUGUCACCUAUCGUGGGAGCGUACGCCAAACAGAGCCCUCUGCCUGAGCGGCCCAUGUGUCGGAUCUGUCAUGACGGAGGGGGUCAGGAGGAGCUGCUCUCCCCCUGUGAGUGUGCAGGGACCCUGGGUACCAUCCACCGGAGCUGUCUGGAGCACUGGCUCUCUGCUUCUGGCACCAGCGCUUGUGAGCUCUGCCACUACCAGUUCACUGUACAGAGGAAGAACCGGCCACUGAUGGAGUGGGUGCGUAACCCGGGCCUGCGCCAGGAAAAACGGACGCUGUUCGGCGACAUGGUGUGCUUCCUGCUCAUCACGCCUCUGGCCACAAUCUCGGGUUGGCUGUGUCUGCGGGGGGCCGUGGACCACCUGCACUUUUCCAGCCGCCUGGAGGCCGUGGGCCUCAUCACCCUCACCGUGGCCCUCUUCACCAUCUACCUCUUCUGGACCCUGGUGUCGCUCAGGUAUCACUGUCGGCUGUACAACGAAUGGCGGCAGACCAAUCAGAGGGUGGUGCUUCUCCUCCCCAGGUCACAUGGUGAACCGUCUGCUCCACCCUCUUCACGAGGCCCAUCUCGUGAAAAAUGGCCUUCCAAAGAGACUAUUGUCUGAGCAGCCCUCUUCAAAAGCCAUGAAGGAGAAACACUGAGGAAGAAUGGGGAUAGUUCCAUAGGCGCCGGAACAGUAUUUGCUUCUGGUGCCCUCCAGUGCUGAACUUUGAAGUGCCCACACGAGUGUGGAAUUGCCACCAAAUGUCAUUAAUGGGCACCUAGGAAUGGUUUAAACACACAUUUACUAAGGCGGUAGAGUUACUGUACAACAGAGACCUCUUCGGUGAAGCAUCCAUUUUGGACUCAAAAUGCAGCAUUACAUCCCACCACAAUGUCACAGGGAUGGACAGGUACAUUUGGUGAUAUAGAUGGGGUGGAGUGUGUAGUUGGUCAUAAAGCAUUUGGACUGAAGGACAGCCAGGAAAAGUUUGCCACUGUGACCGUAUGCUGUGAUUGGUGAUUCCUGUGAAGUGCAGAAAACAUUAUGUCCAGUUCAUAUAACAUACCAACAUAAACCUGUGUAUAGUAUUACUAUAUUAGUCACAUUCUACCAAUCAACAAGUCAAAGCCCAGAGUGUAAAUAAGUACUUCAACUACUUCAGUAUUUUACAUAGUAUUAAACUCUUACCUUUACCUACAUGUAUGGGUCUCUGUGCCUCAAACCAGGGCCAUGUUCAUUAUGCACCAAACAGAAAACUUACUGAAACAGUGAGGGACUACCUGGACUUAUCCAGUAAGACACUCAUUUUUCAUUCUGUUUUCAAAAGUAUUUAAAACGUUUCACUACGAUGUGCCCUGCUGAACACGAUCCAACUUAAAAGACAGGCUUUGUGGAGUGUUAAACAGGGCGUAGGUUGAUGUAGGCCUAUACUAGCGGCUGUCUUUCUUUGCAAGUCCCCCCCUUAGAUAAGUACAUUGAGGUCGACCUUAACAUAUCAAAGGGACAUUUUGAAUUAAUUUAUAUUUUGGCUACAAAGUAGUUUUUUGUGUGAAAAAUACAAUAUGGUUUCAGUUGAGAACUGAUUGACUGUAGUAUAUGUUAAUAUUUUUUGUGUUAGUCAUUCACUUCACUUACAAAUAGCUGUGUUUAUUAAACAUCCCAUCUUUGACUCAUGAGUGGCCAUUAGUCAUUUCAAAUAUGUCAUUGUGUUAAUGGUGUUAUUCUUUUGUUCAAGGAUUUUGUUGUCGCUGCCUUGUAAAGUAUUCUUCUGUAAUAGUUAUCUUCCUAGAAAUGGUUGUCUAGCCUAGUCAGGCUGAUUAGACGGGCCAAAAACACUGACAUUCUGUCUAGAGAACUUCUUGUUAUACCAGAUGCAUUAACCUAAAGUAUUUUUUAUCAUAUUGAGUACAUGGUGCACUUAACUCUUCAGCAUCUUCAUUUGAUCAAAUGUCAGGCUUCACUAGGCUACACAUUGAGCUUUUUGAAGUGGAAUAAACUUCCGUUAUAUGUG